CACGGGAGGCUGGGGCGCGUCGAGCGGGUCAACUGUGGAGGGCACAGGAGUAUUCACCACCUGGAGUUCCCCUCGCCCGCGCGCAGGCAAGCCGGCCUUUGGGUGAGGAGUCUUCGCUGGUGAAUACCACUUCAGCCCUCCUGGUGUGGCCGCGAGUCGGGGUGCUCCGCUGUGCUCCAACACCUCCUAAAGAUGCAUCCUGACUUAUCUCCACAUUUGCACACUGAAGAGUGCAACAUCUUGAUUAACUUACUUAAGGAUUGUCACAAAAAUCACAGCAUUCUGAAAUUUUUUGGUCAUUGCAAUGAUCUUGAUCGGGAGAUGAGAAAAUGCUUGAAGAAGGAGUACAUGGAAAAGAGGACCAAGAGCAGGGAGCAUGGCAAUGCAAUGCGAAAGAGACUUUUUAAUUCUCCAGACGAAUCUGAAACAUAAAUUAUAUUUUCACUGGAUGCCUUGGCUGAGAGAAGAUCUAAAGACUCUUGUUGAUAACCGAAAGAACGCUGUUUCAUUUGGUCUCCAGAAUCUUUUGAAUAGCAAGUGACCCGUGAGAAAUCAAGCCAUGGAGAAACACAGAAGCCCUGGAUUCAGACUUUUUGUUGGGCAGAGCCUUUAGUACUCUGAUUCCUUUACCAACACACCUGACUUUUAACAUGUUUCUUUCAUUUGCCCACAACCACUUAACAUUUGCGUAACAUAUCUCCCGCAAUAAAAUAAUUGACUUCAGGCAUAUUUUCUCUGCUCUCUUAG